AUGGCGGCGCCGGGGGUGUCGAAGGCCGAGUACCUGCGGCGGUACCUGAGCGGCCCCGCCGAGCCCGCCCAGCCCCGCCGCCGCCGCAAGAAGAAACCGCCGGGCGGCACCGGCAGAGCCGGGAUGCGAAUCGUGGAUGACGAUGUGAGCUGGAACAGCAUCGCCGCCGCCCCGGAGAAGGAGGAAGAGGAGGACGAAGGGGACAUGCCUGUGGUGGCAGAGUUCAUUGAUGAGCGCCCCGAGGAGGUGAAACUCAUGGAGGAAUUCCGAACAAACUCCAAGUGGAAGCUUCUAGGAGGUGAGAAUGAGGACUCGCAGAGUUCGGAUAUUUCAGGAUCUGUCAAGUCUGCCACGAGGCAGCGUCAUGACACCCCAGACUUGUCACCUCCCCGGCGGCGACAGCGUCACGACACUCCCGACCCCUCACCUCCCAGGAGACAGCGCCAUGAUACCCCCGACCCCUCACCUCCCAGGAGACAGCGCCAUGAUACCCCCGACCCCUCACCUCCCAGGAGACGACGUCAUGACACCCCAGAUCUGUCACCUCCCCGGCGGCGACAGCGUCAUGACACCCCUGACCCAUCCCCUCCCAGGAGACAACGUCACGACACCCCUGACCCAUCCCCUCCCAGGAGACAGCGUCAUGACACCCCUGACCCCUCACCUCCCAGGAGACAACGUCAUGACACCCCUGACCCCUCACCUCCCAGGAGACAGCGUCAUGACACCCCAGAUCUGUCACCUCCCAGGAGACAGCGUCAUGGCACGCCAGACUUGUCACCUCCCCGGCGGCGGCAGCGCCAUGACACCCCUGACCCGUCCCCUCCCCGGCGGCAAUGUCAGGAUUUGUCACCUCAGAGAGAGAAGCCAGGGUCCCCAAGUGGGAAGAAGAGCCAAAGGAAAGGACGGACUUCACCCGCCCAGAAGGAGCAGCACAGGUCACGGAGUCCCCCAGGCUCUCCCAAGAAGGCUACCACGAUGUCAUCCGGGGUCAGAGCUGGCCUGGUGUCAGCUGAUGUGCUGCAGAGGGAGAAGAAGGAGCUGCGGAAGCACGAGAGGAGCACCAAGCACCUGGAAGAGGAAUCACGGAACGCUCAGACCGUGUUCCGAGACAAGUCUGGCCGCAAGAGGAACCUGGCCCAGGAGCAGCUGGAGCAGAAGCUGAAGGCUGAGGCAGAGGCCAAGAGAGAAGAGCAAUAUGCCAAGUGGGGAAAAGGGCUGGCACAGGAGAGGCAGCAACAGCAGAACGUGGAGGAUGCAGUUAAGGAGAUGCAGAAGCCCUUGGCCCGUUACAUCGAUGACCAGGACCUGGAUCGAAUGCUGAGGGAACAGGAGAGGGAAGGAGACCCCAUGGCUGCUCUCAUCAAGAAAAGGAAGGCCAAGGAGAACAAGGAGAAAGAAAAGCCCAGGUACAAGGGACCAGCACCUCCACUCAACAGGUUUAACAUCUGGCCUGGGCAUCGCUGGGAUGGUGUGGACAGGUCCAAUGGGUUCGAGCAGCAGCGCUUUGCCCGCAUUGCCAACAAGAAGGCAGUGCAGGAGCUCGCCUACAAGUGGAGUGUGGAGGACAUGUAGGGGAGAGCUCCUGCAGGGACCCACAGGCACCACCGGCUGCCAGAGCCCUGGGGAAUGGCUGCUCUCCCUGGAACAAGCCCAGUCCUCAGCAUUCAGCAGCCCACUGGACCAUCUUCCAACAGGCAAGGCUGGAUUUCCCUGCCAGCCAGAGCCUCCAUCUCUCUGGGGAGGUCACCGGCUUCUCGUUUGUUUUCUAACAAACUUCUGUUCUAUGCCAAAUGUUUUGACCUCUGAGGGCAGUUCCGAAGUCUUCAAGUGUCCUAAAUCUCAGGUGAAAAAUCUGCUGAACGCUUGGGCUUGGGAGAGUUACCCUCAUGCAGUGGGUCAGUCUGCUCCAGAACUCAGGUUAAGUUGAACUUCUGAACUUCUGUUAAGUUUAUGCAGUUAUUUUGCCAUGUAGAUCCCAGAGUCACCGACGUGCAGGAAAGUUCAAACUCAGCUUCUCCUGACCCUGUCCAAACUGGAAACUGAGCAGGGAAUGCUCUGGCACUGGAAGAGCGACCUGCAGUGCUGCAUUGGGCAGCAAGAUCUUCAGGAGCCUCAGCAAUUCUUCAGGGGUCCAUUUCUAGUGGAAGUAAUAAAUGUGUGGAGAAUUAGGACUUAAGACCUGGAGUUGCUUCCCUCAUAGUUCGGAGCAGCUGGUCCCCCCAGACCUCUCAGGGUUUGGGGCUGAUCUUGGCACUUCCCCCACGCUGCUGCCUGGGGCUCGCUCUGGUGGGAGGUGUCACAACCCUUCCUUCUCCUGUGGUCACAUUUGUCAGUCUCAGAGCUGGAGGCUGGGCAGAGCUUCCCUUAACCCCUGUGUGCCAGAAAGCACUUGUGGAAAUAAAUACAGUUGUUCUUGUUGAACAGGGAGCAGGGAUGAAAUGCAGGCAGCAGUUUCCAUGGAGAUGCCUUGGCUGCAGCAGUGGGCAGGGGCAGGAUCGCUCUUUUCAGGGAUUCUCCAGCGUUGGGAGGGCCGUGGGUGGGAGGGAUAACAUCAAAGUCUGUUCUGGAGUGCCAGACUCUUGGGACUUCCCUGUUUUUCAUCCCUGUGUAACAUUUCCACAGCCCUGGAAUUGGUGUGUUCACCUGUAAAUAACAGCUCUCUUUUUGUACUCCA